AUGUGGCUGUCUCUGAUCGCCUUGGGUUUUGUGCCACUGGGCGUCGCGGCCCAAGAAUGUGGAUUUCCUAGCAGCGUGGACUCUGAGGAGAUAACAUCGCAACAAGACCUCGAGGCUCUUCAAAAUGACUGCACCAUUCUCCUCUCAAGCUAUAGAGUCACGCAUGAAUUUUCAGGCCCCUUUGUCCUCCCUGGAAUAGUCAACAUUUCCACGUUAUCAGCUGGAACCGCUGGAAGUCCCGAGCCGUUCGACGUGCCUUUGUUUGAGAUGCCCGACCUGGAGUAUGCGAAGGGGUGGGCCACUUUGUAUAUCCCUUCGCAUAUUGACGUGCUCGAGAUGCCGGCUCUCGAGGCGAGUGGGAGUUUGACUUUGAGGGGAAAUUUCACUGACGUGUCGUUCCCCGCACUACACACUGUCUCCGAGGGUGAUGUCGUCAUCAUGAACAGCCCUGUCGCCAUUGAACCCGAGACCAGCAUGAACAUCUCCCUUCCAGCUCUGAAUUCGUCCGACUCUAUCUAUAUCAGCGGGAGGGUAUCCCGCAUCACCUUGCCUGAGCUCACCAACCUCGCGUCACCGUGGAUGACGGGAUCUGGCUCCAACUUCAGUCUGUGGGGUGAGACAAUUGAGCUCGACCUGCCAAAGCUGCACACUGUUGAUGGGAGUAUCUACUUUGAGGGGAAUAUCACUUCAUUCGUUGUCCCAUGCCACACUUGGCGGAGAAUGGACUGA